AGUAUCUGACUAUCGCAAAAGAAGCACCACACCUUAUCACUCACUGUUCAGCAUUUUCCGCCUUGUUUGCUGUUUUUUAUGGAUGUUAAAGCAUGAUUCAGUACGACAGCCACUGUAAUCCGGUCCUGCUCGGAGCAAUUAAAUUGUAACUCAAAUGACAAACUGCAGCGACAAUUUUGUCUGAUAAUCAGACAGACUGUUCGUUGUCAAGGAAACGUUUUCAACUUUGUUGCGCGGUGCUGAAGUCGUUGCAGAAGAUGUCAAAAGAUGCAGGUAACCCGAUGCAAGCAGAAAUGCCUCGAGUUUCCCGACUGGUUGAGAAUCAAAAUGACGAGCGUUUCAUCAACUAUGACUAUCGAGAAACACCGCCAAGGGAAAUUUUGUUAUGGUUUAAGCGGCGGACAAGAGUAUUGUGGAGCUACUCGAUGGUCAAAAAAUGUCUCCCGGUGCUGUCUUGGCUUCCAAAGUAUCAGUGCUCGUAUGUCAUGUACGAUAUAAUAGCAGGAGUCACCGUUGCCCUUACUGCUAUUCCUCAAAGCAUCGCAUACGGCAUACUUUCCAACCUGGGCCCAGAAUAUGGACUGUACUCGAACAUAUUGGGUUGCCUUGCAUAUGCUGUGUUCGGCAGUGUAAAAGAUGUCACAAUUGCUCCAACAUCGCUUACUGCUAUAAUGGUGCAAGAUGUGGUGAAGGAACUGGAAUAUGGUACGGCUUUACUAACGUUCCUGGCCGCUGUGGUAACUAUCGCUUUCGGUGCCUUAAACCUAGGAGUUCUCGUAAGAUUCAUAUCGAUACCUGUUGUGAUGGGCUUUACUUCCGCGGCAUGUUUGACGAUUGGAAGCGCACAGAUACGCUCCCUAUUAGGCAUCAAAACGCAAGGAAAGCGAGCCGAUUUCGUUACAUCCUGGACAAAUGUGCUUACCCAUCUUGACGAGGUACGAAUGGCCGAUUGUGUUCUUGGAUGCUGCUCGAUUUUGAUCCUUUGUUCGUUGCGGCUAACGAAAGACUUGGGCGAAGGCAGAUGGCGAACUUUUUUUAAAUAUUUGGGUUUGUUGCGAAAUGCAUUGAUCGUGGUUCUAGGAGCCACACUGGCAUAUUGCCUUACCACCGACAUGAACAAUCCUACCUUCAAUUUAACUGGACACGUUCCGCCCGGAUUGCCCUCCUUCCAAGUGCCGCCGUUCUCUUACACGAACGAAAAUGGCACCGUGUACAGUUUUGUAGAUAUGCUGGGCGUAAUGCGCACAUCCAUCAUUACGAUCCCAUUGGUUACCACCCUUGAAAUUGUGUCGGUCGGCAAAGCAUUUUCGAAGGGAAAAAUUAUAGAUGCCACACAGGAAAUGAUCGCGCUUGGAGUAUCAAAUCUGCUUGUCUCAUUUUGUUCGCCAUUACCCGUGGCUGGAUCGUUCACUCGUUCGGCACUAAACAAUAGCAGUGGCGUUCGAACAACGAUGAGCUGUGCGGUAACGGCAGUGAUGCUGACUCUAUCACUGGCACUGCUCACCAAUGCAAUAUAUUACAUUCCCAAGACAACGCUUGCAUCGGUUGUAAUAGCGGCUAUGCUGUUUAUGGUGGAUUACGAAGAGAUCGGAAACAUCUGGCGUACGAAGAAACUGGACCUGAUUCCAUUUCUGGCUACCGCAUUGGCGUGCUUGUUCUACGAGCUAGACUAUGGCAUUCUCGUGGGUAUCGGCAUAAAUUGUUGUAUAUUGCUUUAUCUGAUGUCAACUCCCGGAUUGUCAGGCGAAGAGAUCCAGCUGGUUGGACUGCGGAUACUGUUAGUCAAAAUCGAUCAAUCGCUCGCGUUUUCUUCUGCGGAAUGUUUACGCGACUGGAUAAUGAAGCGCAUUGCGCAGCAUGAUAAUAAUAUCGAUCUGGUAGUGAUUGAUGGGCAUAAUGUUCACUUUGCCGACACGACUGUAGCGAAGAACUUUGUCAAUAUAGAGGACGAUUUGAGAACGCGAAACAUGCAGCUCUUGUUAUGGCGGUUCCAGUCCAAUGUAGCACUUACUCUCCUGCGAAUGCGAAAGGAACUGUUCAUCACAAUGCUGCGUGCUGAUUUGCAGCUACAAGAUGCUGUUGCACGAUGGAAAUAUCUGCACCCACUCCCAUUGGAUUCCGUUAAUUGAUGCGCCCGUUAUGCUGCUUACGAUUAGAGAUAUUUGCAUGAAAUUACGGCGUUUAAAAUUUCCUAUCCAAAGUAAACUAUCCGCAGCACGAGAGGCUACGCUAAAGAAGAACAAAUUAGAUACAAUAUACUAAACUGUUGGUUUUA